AUGACAGAAGCAGUUGAUGGUAACAGAAGGGCUUUGAGGCUCAAGAAGAUCUUUCGCCACCACCCAACGCCUAUCCUGACAAGUGGAUCUCAUCGAAAAAACGCUGGAACUUCUCAGAUCCCUAUCUCAUCACCUAUCUUACAACACUCGACUAGCAUUUACUCACUUGUGUCCCCAGUACGAGCUGAUUUUGAUGAUUAUGCCCUGGAUGAACUGUUGGCCCAGUAUCAGCCCAUGAAGAUUCCCCUUGAAAAGCCUUUCCAGAGACUUCAAACCCCCGAGUACACCAAUUCCCUUUCGCCGGCACCACGCUCCUCUAGUUCAGAAGAGGACAUUCCUGUCACCUCACCACGUGCCAGGAAAAUGAAGACAUGCAGCCAUAACCAACAGGCUCCUGCGGAGUGCUACGAUUUGUCCCAUGACAAAGCACAUAAGAAGAGCAAGAAUCCCGCAAGGCCAUCUCUUCGUCGUCACUCUUGUUCUUCCACCGAUAUCCUUCGCCAACACUAUAGCCAACAAUUGGCUCCCCCAAUGACUGCCCCUCUUCGCACCAGUAGUAAGCCUAAUCUGGCCCUCGAAAUCCCAGUCGAUGGCACACCUCAUACAGAGUCUUCUCGCCGCUCAGCAUCAUCCGCUGCUGCUGCUGCUGCUGCCUUACCAUCUUCCCCUACUAUGGGAUGCUCGAGCAGCAAGUCCACUCCACUUAGAAAGAUCAAAACCUACAAUGUCCAUGCCAAAUCCAAGAAAGCCGUAAGCCCGGAAAAACCCAAAAGUGUGCAUGAUGUCGAACAGGAACGGAGGCGGCAAAUCCUUGAAGAUCUCAUUUCGGGUCGCCGUGGAAGCACACUCAAAUUCACCCUGACACCUGAAGGGUUGACUUAA